AAAUAAUGAACUGUUUCACAAUUCAAGCGUUAACUAUAGAUGUGUCUUUAUACAUUCCACUUCAGAUAUAACCAUUUGAAGCAUAUUGAUGUGUAAAUCAAUAGAUGUGUCUUUAUACAUUCCACUUCAGAUAUAACGAUUUGAAGCAUAUUAAUGUGUAAAUCAAUUGUAACUUGCUAAUACAUUCGCAGGUAUAAUACAUCAAUAGAAGUCACAGCCGCCAGGAAGUGGUAGUACGCAAAGCAAACAUCGGCAAGGUCUCAAAAGUGAACAAAAGGCUUAAGGCAGGAAUCCUCGAAAAUGAAAUCAAUGGACUAUCGUGGACGGCCGUGGCGGCGCCACUAUAGCCGCCGACGGAGCCGCUCACGGAGUCGCAGCCGCAGCCGCGCCCGCAACGGUAGUCCCAGGCGGACACCGGAGCGGGCGCGCGGCCGGCGGGACCAGUCGCUGCCGCCGCGUAUGUACGUGGAAGCAAGGGUGGCCUUGUUUGGAAACAGCCACGCUGCCGCCCGAGCGUUCCCCCUGGGCCGCGACCUGGAGCUCGGGGCUACGCUCGGGCGGCACACCGUCGUCCCGCAGUAUGUGCGGGGAUAUACCGCCGGCGGCAUGGGCGGCCACUCCGCCGGCGACUGGAGCGCGAUGCUAGCCGCCGCCGUCCGGCUGAAGACGGAGAGUGUCUGGCCCUCCUACGCCGUCGUCAGCGUUGGCGGGCCGGCGCUGCUCCCGAGGCCAGACGGACAGGCCAGGCGUCGGCGUCUCCAGGAGGGUCGGGAGCCGUCUCCGGUGCCUCCGUACCGGAACGCCCCGACCGCCGCCGCCACAGUCAUCGCCAGCACGGAGACAUUCGUCCGGGCGCUGCAACUCCAGGUCCCGGGCAUCCGCCCGGUGAUCGAGAGUGUGGUGCCCCUGCAGGACGCAUCGAGGGCGGGCCUCAUUGCCUGUCGCGAGCUGUCGGAGUCCCUCCGACUGGUCGCGAAAGACAAUGGGGCCCUGUUCCUCGAUGUAGAGGUGAUUGUGCGGCGCCACCUGGCGGGUAGCGACGCACAAUCGCCCAGGCCUGCCGGCGGCACCCAGCGCCCGGCCGAACGCCCUGCCGGUGAUGUGGCGGCGCAGCCGGCGGAGUCGGCCGCGGGUCCAGCCGCUCCACCGAUGGAGGUGGAGGUCGGUGGCGGCGACGGCGGCCCAGAUGCGGCCAUACGGGCCGCUAGGAUGGCCGCUAGGAACAGCCUCGCUGCCGCCGAGACGGCUGAUAGCUGUGCCAGAGUGGCCGCCUCUUCAGCUGAAGAGCUGGCGGAAGCACUGCUCAGUGCGUCCGAAGAGGCGACGGCAGCCCGGGUCGUGCGCGUGGCGGCCGACGCCGCGGACGCUACCCGUGCCACCGGGAAGGCGGUGAAGGCCGCGGCCGUCGCCGUCUCCGCCGCCACCGCUGCCGCUGCCGCUGCCGCGGCCACCGCCACCGCUGCUGCUGCUACUGUCGCCGCCGCCGACGCCACCGCCGCCGACGCCGCCGCCACCGCUGCCGCCGCUGCCUCUGCGGUGAACGUACCGUGGGCGUCGGGCUGGGUCCCGGGCCGUCCCCCGCCCGUGUCCGUGUCGGCCCCGUCACUUUCGCCUGAGGGCUAUGAAAGUGACGGGGUACACCUGACCGCGGCGUGCUACGCAGCGGUCAGGCGUGAACUCUGGAGAAUCAUUGUGGCUGAGUUCAAGGCACAGUGAUUCUCCAGGGCCCCCUCCCCCAGGGGCCUCUUUUUCGGCUUAGCAGGGAGUGGUGUGGCCUAACAUUUGCAUUGUAGUUGCAUUGUAGUUGUUAUUUAAGCCUUGCGGCCACAUUGGGUAAAGGGGCACUCCUGGCCGCACAUUUAGUGUGGCGUGGUGGCGAAAUUUUUCUCUUUUUUGGCAUAGCAGGGAGUGGUGUGGCUAUAUUAAUUGUAACGUAAAGCUGUUGAUUUAUUGACUUAUGUUGUUCCAGCCACAUUGGGUUAAGGGGCACUCCUGGCCGCGCACUCCGCGUGGCGUGGUGGCGAAAUUUCAUAUAAAUAACGAACACGUGACACGGGCGAUGUAAUGUGUUGGCGAUGUAAUGCGAUGUAAUGUGUUGGCGAGGCGUGGUGAUAUGAGCUUCAGAUGUUCACAUGUCCGGCUGAAUAUACCAAGGACGUGUUUGUACAUGCGUUCCAAUGAUGAACUUGAUUUUAUGUGAUGCGAUUCGUCUUCAGAUGUUCACAUGUCCGGCUGAAUAUACCAAGGACGUGUUUUUACAUGCGUUCCAAUGAUGAACUUGAUUUUAUGUUAUGCGAUUCGUCUUCAGAUGUUCACAUGUCCGGCUGAAUAUACCAAGGACGUGUUUUUACAUGCGUUCCAAUGAUGAA